UGUUGUUAACAAGGUACAUCUAGUCGACUACAAGGUCCGUUUUAUAAACGGUAGAGUUGACAAACAGCAAGAAACCGAGGGGGUUAUCGUUUACACGGCACAUGAAAACUUUGUAAUCCAGUGUUCAGAAUUUAAGCUCACCUGCAGGUCACACUGGAUGGCCAAGGUGGUAACGGUCGAGGCCAGCUGUUAACAUCCUUUGGGCCUGUACACGUAACAUCGCUCUACGAUGGCCAGUAAUUUCCGAAGCUACAUCUGGGACCCGGUCCUCAUUGUGAGUCAGAUUGUGUUGAUGCAGUGCAUCUACUACAGCUUCCUGGGCCUAUGGUUAGCAGGAGUGGACAGUCUGGUGCAAACUAGUCGGUCACUGGACCAGAUCUUCAGCUAUGAAGUCCUUGGUUUUGCAACGAUGCAGGGCAGACUUUCAAUGAUGGCAUUCAUCCUAAACUCUCUUACCUGCGCCCUGGGCCUGUGGUUCUUCAUCCGCCGCGGAAAACAGUGCCUGGACUUCACAGUCACUGUCCACUUCUUCCAUAUGAUUGGCUGCUGGAUCUAUAACGCUCAUCUUCCAGCUGCCCUGUCCUGGUGGCUCAUCAAUGUAGCAUGCAUGGCCUUGAUGGCUGUAAUCGGAGAGUACUUGUGCAUGCGGACUGAGCUCAGGGCCAUUCCAGUCAAUAGUGGACCCAAAUCUAACCUGUGAAUCAUUUCAGACACCACGCUGGAAAUCUGUGGACAGUUAACUCACCGAGGAACUCGCUCAGAGAAGGUUAUUUUCACUGCUUGCAAAAAAAAAAUGGAGCAUGAACCUCCAUUGGUGUAGAUGUUGGAUUGUCAUCCAUCUCCCCUUCGAAUGGCACACCAGAUGAACUGAUCUAUUUAUUCAUAGCUGUCUGCUAAAUGUUGGACAGUAUUAACUCUGUAGCAUAUUAAGAUACAUAUUUUAUUGCUUAUAAAAGCAGACGACAGUUUACACCUUUCUUUGAGCUUUUUAUUCCUAGUAAUUUCAUUUUUGUGAUUUUAAGUAAAAAAGCAUGAGCAUCCCAUUCCCUCAUUUUAAGAUUUGCGGUAUAUCUUUCUUUUUUUGCGGGUAUGUGCACUUCUGCAGUGACAAAUUGAAACUUCAGAGCAAAUACAAACGGUCUUAAAGAGCAGCAGGAGAGACAUUUUCCCCUCUCUGUCUGUCUGUUGGUGUGAUUACAAGCUGGCUGGGUUGACAAACAUCAUGUUACUGGAUAUUUUGGUUUUAAAACGCCCCAGCUACCCCUUACUACAAUUUAGAGGUUUCACUGUGCGGAAUUACCUAUCACAGCUUUUAUUGUUUUCUAAAAGCCGCAUAUAAAAGUGACUUAUUGUGUAACAAGUACAAUGUUCAAACAGGCAGGUUAUAGUUUUCUGACACAAUAAUCAGUCGCGUCAAUCCAAAUGAGGGAAUGUUUAUAGUCUCACUAUACAAUUAGUCAGAUGCAUAAAAUCAGGGGUUUUUUUCCAACUUUUCUGAACGAAGUCGGUGUUUUCAGUCUCACGAAGCUCAGUUCGGGCCUUCCUUGUUAAGCUUGUACAGCAAUUUGCACAGCAAGUGUUGCUUGUUUCCGUCUCUUUAUGUUAUGAUGUAUUAUGCAGACACGGUGGCCACUUUGGGGACAGUUUGUCAGCCGCCAGCUGCGUUCUGACAGCAAACUGUCUGUGUUUCUGAAAAACUAUUACUCUUUGUGGGGACAUGAUGUAAAAAGUUUGCAGCACUGAUGGUUUCUGGAACAAUGUCAGCUAGUGAUGGCUGGAUGCAUAUUGUCUAAAUUAACUGCAUAUUGCAAGAGUUUGACAGGUCCUAUAACACUCAUAUCUUAACAACCUUUGCAGCCUUUGCAGCUGUAAUAGUACGGACUAUGCAGAGUCUGGUUUUUUUUUUUUUUUAAUUAGGUUUCUAAAGUGUAUUUUAAGUACAUCAUUAUGUAUUAAAAAGUUGUACAGUAGUUGGACAUGAUGGGGAAAAAUCCUUUUUUGCUUUUGUGCUGAGAGUCCGAUCAAAACCACUCUCAUGUCUGUCUAUUAAAUAUAAAGCUCCACCCAGAAA